AUGCGUUCCACCAUCCCCUUGCUCAGCCUCGCCAGCCUCGGCCUGAACAUCCUCUCUGUCCAGUCCGCAGCGGUUCCCAACGCUGGUCUGGCUCGCCGCGCCGAGUCAAUCGCCCGUGUCGAUCGCUCUUACACGGUCGAGAAGCGACACACCUACGGGGUGGACGCCGACGAGGCCGCUCUUGAGAAGCGACACACCUACGGGGUGGACGCAGACGAGGUCACUCUUGAGAAGCGACACACCUACGGGGUGGACGCCGACGAGGCCGCUCUUGAGAAGCGACACACCUACGGGGUGGACGCAGACGAGGUCACUCUUGAGAAGCGACACACCUACGGGGUGGACGCCGACGAGGCCGCUCUUGAGAAGCGACACACCUACGGGGUGGACGCAGACGAGGUCACUCUUGAGAAGCGACACACCUACGGGGUGGACGCCGACGAGGCCGCUCUUGAGAAGCGACACACCUACGGGGUGGACGCCGACGAGGCCGCUCUUGAGAAGCGACACACCUACGGGGUGGACGCCGACGAGGUCGCUCUUGAGAAGCGACACACCUAUGGCGUGGACGCAGACGAGGUCGCCCUUGAGAAGCGACACACCUACGGGGUGGACGCCGACGAGGUCGCUCUUGAGAAGCGACACACCUAUGGCGUGGACGCAGACGAGGUCGCUCUUGAGAAGCGACACACCUACGGGGUCGACGCAGACGAGGUCGCCCUUGAGAAGCGGUAA